AGGGGGAGAGACUACAUUUCCCGGCAUGCUGUGCGUGAGCCUUCAACUGCGGCGGCGGCCGUUUCAGCGCCUCAUUUGAACCAGCCUGACAUGGAGGCCGGCGAAGAGAGCGUGAAGGGCUUCAAAAAGGAGACCGUGAACAAAAUGCUCCAGCUCCACUUCAAAGAUGACAAAACACGAGUCAGUGGUGAUGCUGUCUUGUUGAUGGCAGAAAUACUUAAAGUAUUUGUUCGAGAAGCAGCAGCGCGAGGAUCACGACAAGCUCAGACGGAGGACCUGACCCAGGUGGAUGUGGAGCAUGUGGAAAAAGUGCUGCCACAGCUACUUCUGGACUUCUAGAAACUGCAGAUCUUGCAUUCCUGUUACCAGAAGAACUUUGGAUUGACUGCUGCAGCAAAGUGGACCACAGCCUUUUAAAUAGAAUCUCUUCCAGAGUGACUGCGCUGACUAGAAUGAUAGUCUUCAUCAGUGCUCCCUCUUCUUAGUUACCGCUAUUUUUGCCAUCUUUCAUCCUAAGUGCCUGCUGGCUAAUCGAAUGUUGAAAGGGCUGGAAUCUUUUCUUUUUUUGUGAUCAAACUGCCGAAGUCAAUGGCACGUAGCCAUCUGAGACUUUGCCCCAUCCUUCUGCUUCCCAUUCACAGCCAGGCAGAGCCUCCACUUUUCCGAUGGGAGAAACAGGUGCCUUCCUGUAGGGGUGUGUGGAAAGAGUGAGUCUGCCUGGAAGCUUUCCCUGCCCUGUGGGCUCUCAUCACCUCUGCAGGCGCUUUAAAGGCCGGCUUCAGGCUGUGUCUGCUGUCUGAGCUUUUAAACAGGAGCCGAGGCCCAGGUCUGUGCCAACAGCAGGUACCUGAUCUUUAUUUUAUAAAUAAACAGUGCAUGUCCCUCAACCUUUUCCAGCAUUCCAUUGGGGCCAUGACAUCAAAGAGUGCUUGGAACCUUUUAACCAUUUGAUAUUCCCCUCAGAAGCUGCUUCCCUCUGCUAUAAAUUUGUUCUCACAAAGAAACUUCAAUAAAUCAAAAAUAGUCUCCCUCCCUUUUGCAAGCUCCUUGUUGCAAUUAAUCAUAGAAAGUCAAGUAGCUUCAAAGGGUUGUUUGGCCUUACCCCCAACCCACCCCCUCUUUUUAGGACGAAAGAAAAACUUUCAAAAACGGGCAGAAUAACAAACAGCAUGUGUGAGGAUCCCACAUCACGCAGGACCCAGCCCUUCUGUCAGCAGGGGAGGGGGAAGCUGUGAAAUAGUAAACCUUACACAUGGAAGAGGCAAGGCAGAACCCCACAACGUGGCUGCAUUGCAAAAUAAAGGCUAGGCUUGCUGAGGACAAAGGAACAGCAUCUUAAGGUACAGGCUCAGGAGUGCAGUACCUGUGUACUCAAAAGUGGAGUUUACUCCUACCUAGGGAGGCAGUAUUGCUGUCACUCGGAAGUUAGUAUGCAAUGGACAUCAGUAGUUUGCCAACAUUGUUUCUAAUGUACCAGUUGCUCCAUGUUAAUAAUAGACAAAAGGACUUUAUAUGCUUUUUCUGACACACUCAGUGCUGGAUAUAGCUGUGAAGACACAGGAGGAAGAUUAGAUGGAAUGCUACUGCUCCUCAGAGCAGACAUCUGAAAUACUAUGGUUUGUAAAUUGGUAGUUGGCACGAAGCAUGUAAAUGCUCUUUUUCUUUCCCUUCGUCAGCUUCAACCAUAGGUUAGUAUUUAUUGGCACUAGUGCUAAACAGAGCUCCCAUUUUAAUGAGCUGAAAGCAGGACCUGAGGUAGCUUUGUAGCAGGGCCAAGGGGAAAACAGUUUAAAAAAAUAACACCCUAAAACUGUUUGUUUAAACUUUAUUUUUGUUUUGGUUUAAACAAGGUUUUUACCAUUAAUAUGUAGGACUACAACAAUAUAGAACCAGAUCAGAAAAUUAAGUAGUUAAAUGCAAUUUAGAGGCUAUGACCACUAGCUUAAUUAAUAAUUGUUCUUUUAAAAAGUGCUCUUUUAAAGCAAGUUGAUUUGAUUAACUUGCAUUAACUGAAGGAUUUGUUUCUGAAUGACAUUUUUUGUGUUAUAAAAUGAAGAGAUUAAAAAGAAGCAUUUGACACUGGAUACUGGUCUAAGAGUGAAGAACUGCCAAAAAUCUCUUAAAGUUAAAAUGUUCAAAUUCAAACAAUCAUUGUUCUUCCAGAAAGAGGGUUGAAAAAUAGUAAUAACAGCCAGGCU